CAGGUCCACGGGCUCCGAUUCCCGAAAGCGAAGCUGCUUGAGAAGGUUCGCGGACUCCCAAUUCCCAAGGUGGGUCAUCUGGACGCAUCAUGUCCAACUUUGAAGAUGCUGACACAGAAGAGACAUUAACUUGUCUUCAUGUGACUGUGUACCAUUCUGGAAAGUCUCACAAUGGAGUAUUUCAGUCAAUAGAGUUUUACAAUAGAGAGAAACUCCCCUCCGGUGAAGUGGUGAAAUUUGGACGAAAUUCUAGCAUCUGUCGUUACACUUUUCAGGACAAACAGGUUUCCCGAGUCCAGUUUUCUCUGCAGCCGUUUAAACAGUUCAAUAGCUCAGUUCUCUCCUUUGAAAUAAAAAAUAUGAGUAAGAAGACCAGUUUGAUUGUGGACAGUCAGGAGCUGGGCUAUCUCAAUAAAAUGGACCUGCCCUACAGGUGCAUGGUCAGAUUUGGCGAGUAUCAGUUCCUGUUGGAGAAGGAAGAUGGAGAGUCGUUGGAAUCUUUUCAGACUCACUUUAUUUUGUCUCCAAGACCACUGUUGCAAGAAAACAACUGGCCAGCCCAGACUCCCAUACCUGAGGAUGGGGGUUAUUCAUCCUAUCUCACCCCAAGCACUUUUCCUACAGAGAUAGAUGAGAACGAAUUGUGAACACGGAUGGUCUACGAGGAGAAGCAGGAACGAUGAAGUGUCUGUCUUGUUAUACAUUCUACUUAGGAAGAGUUUAUUAGGUAGAAUUGUAUAGUCACUCACUGUUCUGUCAAGUUUGGGACUGUCAUUUGGAAGUCUAUAAAUUGUGUAAGUAGCCAUUUAGUCAAGCUGUUACAUUCCUGGACCUGUGAAGAAUUAAGUGUACAUCUGUAUGUUAUAAAAAUAUCCUUUGUGAUGAAAUUGUGUGCUUGAAAUAAGGUGAUGGUUGUCCUUUUUCUGCCUGAUUUUAGUCUUCUGUGUUGUUUUUGUAAGGAACCAUCCCUUGGUUUGGUCGCAUCAUUCACAGCAACUGUUUGUUGCCU